AAAUCACCACCGACUUGAUAUCCUCAUCUGUCUCACUCGGCUGUCGCAGAGCCUUCCCACCCAUCUCCUGACGGUUAUCUGACAUCCUUGUUCUGGCAAUAGAACAGGACUCAUUGCCUCGCUAACUUCUUGACGUUCCCCAUAUCUCGUCGCGAAUAUGUCUGCUUCGUCAUCGCACACCCCCUCAGCCUCUAUGGACGCAGGUCCAAGCUUUCAGAAUUCGCGACAAUCUGAGAAUGGUGAUGAUAAGAACAGCAGUGUGGUCAUCAAAGUCGGUAUGGUGGGGGAUUCGCAGAUUGGCAAGACGAGUCUGAUGGUGAAGUAUGUCGAGGGAAGCUUUGAUGAGGAUUACAUUCAGACCCUUGGUGUCAACUUCAUGGAGAAGACGAUCACCGUGCGGCGAACGACAAUCACUUUCUCGAUCUGGGAUCUUGGUGGGCAGCGCGAAUUCGUGAACAUGUUGCCUCUCGUGUGCAACGAUGCAGUGGCGAUUCUUUUCAUGUUCGACCUGUCACGAAAGUCGACAUUGAACUCUGUGAAGGAAUGGUAUCGACAAGCACGUGGAUUCAACAAGACCGCCAUACCCUUCUUGAUUGGCACUAAAUUCGACACUUUCUCUACUUUCCCUCGGGACGAACAAGAAGAGAUCACGAAGCAGGCCAAACGGUUUGCGAAAGCAAUGCACGCAUCCUUAAUCUUCUGCUCAACAUCGGCGUCCAUCAAUGUCCAGAAGAUUUUUAAAAUCGUGCUGGCUAAGGCAUUCGACCUCAAAUGCGUUAUUCCCGAGAUUGAAGGCGUGGGAGAGCCAAUACUGCUUUAUGUCGACGUAUGAAAAGCGCUCCGGUGUGACAUCAGCCGUGCGGAGAGAGAGGCGGUCUCUCUCGUCGCAGGCCAGGGAAGGAUGCCAUGUAUGGUCACAUACUGCUCCUUCCCGUGCUCCCAUCCUCUCCCUAGAUUUACCACGGCUGAGAAUACUGGUCCGAAGGUCAGCCUCGAUGCAGCCUCGAGAUGCUCUACGUCAACUGCAGAAACGGACUGGCAUUUUGCUCUGCAGGCUCUUCUCCUUCCGCCACAUUCGUUUUCCGUUGAUAAUUCCUCAACCGAUGUAUUUUCUUGUCUGCCUCCUUCCCACCGCAUCCCCCGUCUAAUCCACACCACGUCGUCGCUUUGUUGAUUUGUCUGCACACCAUCAUCUUCCAUGUCGCUUUUGGCCAUCGUCGCACAGCUAUAUAAUCAUGUUGUCCUCAAUCAAUAUCCAUCUAGACUCUUGCUAGUACCGUAAUUAGCCCGUGUGGGACUAUUUCAAUUCAAAUGCUC